AUGGACUCUUCACCAAGCAAGAUUAACGCUCAACCUACCUUGCCAGCAAUGGCGGGUACAAAGCGUCCUGCACCAACCUUACUUCCACCCUUCGAGCCACUUCCCUCCUCCUCACCUACCCUACCAGGACGUAACACUAAGAGAAUUCGUACUUCCCCAUCUGCAUUCGAAUCGACUUAUAAGUAUCCCACUCCAAUCCCUACUUCCACAACUGGUAUCCUUUCAUCCUCCCCUCCAGGGGUACACGCUCGGGCCGGCCUCCAUCGAAGUCGAUCCUCCAUUGAAAGAGCUCCUCUGUUAGCUGUGCCAACAAUCACUCUUUCCGAAGAUGGAGAGUCUCUUCUCAUGGGUAGAUCCAGCAACUCCUCCCACUAUCAAUUAUCCGCCAAUCGUCUCAUCUCUCGUGUCCACAUCAAAGCUCGAUAUAUUGCUGCAACAGUCCCACUCGAGUCAAACAAAAUUGAGAUUAUCUGUUGUGGAUGGAAUGGAGUCAAGUUACAUUGUCAAGGUCGAACAUGGGAGUUAGCAAAGGGGGAUAGUUUCACCUCAGAAACGGAAAAUGCUGAGAUCAUGUUGGAUGUUCAAGAUGCAAGGGUCCUGGUUGCUUGGCCUCAAGGUGAUCAUCUUGAUUCGGCUGCUCCGACAGAGGUUCCUUCGUGGAGCGAGGAUAGUUCUCCUAGGGGUAAGGUUACUGCUGUUACUGCUCAGGGUGACAUUAUUCAUUCCAGUCCAAUUCGUCGUGUUGAACGCCCUUCCUCGCCGGUAUCACCAACACCUGCUCGCCCAACCCUUUCGUCUGCCAAUUUGGCCAACCUCUUUGCCGAUGAUGCAGAGAAGACCUUCAUUCAAGUAUAUGAAGAUAAAGCAGAGCCCGCUCCAGUUACUGAGUCUAAAGAUCCUGAACCAGCAUACUCACCGACAGUUGCUGCAACAUCAUUCAAUGCAUCAUUCCCAGCCAGUCAAGAGAGUGAGUUGAGUGAGCCAGAUGAAGACCCUGAUGAAGAAAAUGAUCCAAUUGUUCACUCCUUUGGUCCUUUUGGUGCAAAUCUGUCCUCGAGAAUGGCCCAAUUCACAGCUAGCCAUCUCCCAGAAGCUCGUGGCCGUGAUGAACACAAGCCUAAGGCAUCUCCUGAGAAACGAUCAAGCUCCAGCUCCACUGACGAGGGUGCUGUUACUCCUGUCAUUAACCAUGUAGCGAACCAACUUGCCUAUUCUCGUCUUCAAUCCAUGCCAUUGUCAACUAUUCUCAGAAACCUCCCAUCCAACCUUAGAGGUAUUAGUCCCUCGAAGCAGGAAAACAAGGGCCUUACAAAGGAAGAUCUCCGAAAGAUGUUGAAUAGGACAUCGUUCAUAGGCGAAAUCCACCGAGAGGGAAAAGACGCUGCCGGAAAGCCACUUGAGAGUGAAUAUUACUACAUCCCAGAUGAAGAUACCGAUCAGUCAAGGAAGGAGACCGUUCAGGAAGGAUUGAGGAAACCCAGUUUGAGGAACUGUAGAAAACAACAUAAACAAUAUUACUGGAAGCGACCACGAACUCCAUAA